AUGAGGCCAAGUUUCCACCUAUUAGGCCUAGAUGAUGAGAAUGAGGUGGCUUCAAAGAUGGAGACUAGCUCCAUACGUCAGCUUUGGCAUCAAAAUGGGAGGUGCCCCAAGGACACCAUCCCUAUUAGGAGGACCAAGAAGGAUGAUGUGAUGAGAGCCAGCUCUGUCGAAAGAUACGGAAAGAAGAGAGUGUGGGCUACAAUCGAGCAGUUCGAGGUGCAGCAACACCUGAUUCGAUUGGAUAAACCUGUCAAAAGCAUCAAGCCCGAUGGGGAUAUCAUAGACUGUGUCCAUAUCUCUCAUCAGCCAGCCUUCGAUCAUCCUUCGCUCAAAAAACCAUACUAUCCAGGUUUCCACCCAUUAGGCUUAUAUGAUGAGAAGAGGGUGGCAUCAAAGAUGGAAACUAGCUCCAUACCUCAACUUUGGCAUCAAAAUGGGAGGUGCCCAGAGGACACCAUCCCUAUUAGGAGGACUAAGAAGGGCGAUGUGCCGAGGGCUAGCUUUAUCGAAAGAUUUGGAAAGAACAUGCGUAGGACAAUCCAAAUGCCAACUUCUAUAGAAUCCAACAGGAAUAAUAAUAGGCAUGAGCAUGCAAUUGUUUAUGUAAGGGGAGUUUUUGGUUCUUUCUGGGUGACGGUUAUAAAUCAGAGUAGCUGCCUACAACCUACAAUGCUCUGGGUUGUUCAAGUCAACAAGGAGGGGUAUGCAUUGGGAGCCAACAUUUACCCCAUUCUAGCUGUGGUGGACGCCAAUAUGAAAUACACUUUGUCUCUCUGGAAGCAGGAUCCAAAAUCGGGGAAUUGGUGGCUGCAGUAUGGGAAUCAAUCUCCAUUGGGCUACUGGCCUUCUUCCUUGUUCCGUUAUCUGUCGGACGGUGCCUCAGAGAUACGACGGGGAGGGGAGGUUGUGAACUUAAAUUCAAAUGGUCAGCAAACCUCCACAGAGAUGGGUAGCAGCCAUUUCCCAGUAGAAAGUCUUGGCAAGGCGAGCUACUCCUAGAACAUUCAAAUAGUUGAUAAGUCCAACCAUCUUCAAGCUCCUCACGGGAUUGCCCCUUCCACUACGCAAUCCAGCUGCUUUAAUGUGCACAUUGACAACAAUGGUAGAAAUCCCAGUUGUCCAUUGAAAAAUACAAUCAUGAAUAUAUAAUUGCGAACAAUGAAUGCACAACGAGAAUAAACAAUCAAUGGUUACUCUGUCA